AUUCCAGUCAAUCUGUUCAACAUGUUUUUGUCUUGUUGAAAUAGAACCAUUCAGUUGGAUUCGAAAUGUCUGUAAGUACUAUCACUUUCCUUCUUGGGUGAACUUCAAUCAUGAAUUGUCUCAGUGUGGUAUUAUCCAAUUUCAACCCCCUUUUUGUGCAUGUUACGUUUUUUUGGCAGGAUUACUAAUAAUCUGACACUUGAGUGCCUUGGAUAACCUGAUCUGAAGAAGCAUUAGGAAUCAGUCACACUGAUUGUUCGAUGUACUCCUGGAGUUUUUGCAUGUCCUAGCAUUGAAACAUAACAUUAUCAUGAUUGUUGUCUCAGUGGGCUCACAUGAAUAAGACCCUGUAUAACCAUUAAUGUUAUUCUUCCUUUAUUACUAGUAAAUCAAAAUUACGAACAUCCACUACCGAUCUAUUUGGUAUUUUGGUGCAUGUCUUCCCCCAGCCCAGGUAAGAAGGUAGCUCCAAUUUUGACGGUGCAAUUUUCUUUGUGUAUGACUUUUGGAUGCUCCCUAUUUAUCAGUAAUUAUAAUCAGGGAGUCCCAUCAUAGAUCCGCUCUGCAUUACCAUGAAAUAUCUUUUAUGGACCUUCAGUUGUGCUGGUAAACUAAAUUGGGAACUCCCUACAAGUCAGAAGCUUAUCUUGUGUUAUGUGUUGUCAAUGUUCAGUUUCUGUAUUGGUUUCUACAGUAAUUAGUCAUGUUAACUCAGGUGCAUUGUCAAGUGUUACGCUUAAUAUGAUGAUUUCAUUAAUUUUCCCUUUCAAAUUGCUAAAAUGUGCUAUUUUUUUUUUAUCCUUGAAAUGUAGAAGAUAGCAGAAUUGUGAUAAACCUCUUACUAGGCUCUAUUAGGAUGCAGCAACUGUACAUCAGUUUGUAUUUAAUACACAAACAUCAGUUUUGAGCUUUUGCCCCUACUGUGGCUUGCCCUUUCCUUCUUGUACUGCCAUGUAGCAGCAACAUCUCAUUUUAUGCCAAGCAACUUACAAAAUGAUUCCACCAUUGGGCUAUAAAAUGAAGUAACUGUAAAUGCAUUUUUAAAGUACAGCCAAAAGAAAAACGAUCCAGCAUCAAAUGCAUUUCUUUUUCCCAGAAUAAAUGCCUGAAACAUUGUUUCCUGCCUAGGCCUGGCUAGCUCUGACCUGAUCAGUGGCUGGCCAUACCCUAUUCUGUUCACUCAGUUUGACAGCCAUAGUCAAGAAGACCUUCCCAAGUAUGUCGAAGCAGAGCAGUGGCAGUGUGCUCAGUGCUCAUGCUCAGAAGAAAACGAUUCAUUGCAAAAAUUAAAGAGGAUGGUUUUCAGUUCCCAGUCUAUUCCUCUCCCUAAUUAAUCAGUUUUACUUCUCUGUCCACACUGGGUUUUAAUUCACAUAAAUAUGUGUCUUGAAGUGUUGAAUGGGGCUUGUGACUUUUGGGUUCUCCGUACAGCCAUACUAUUUAUCUGUGACCUUUGCGCUAGCACUGCUCAGAACAUCCCUCUGGAUCCGUGGCAACCAGCAUCCUUGCAGAAGUCCUGGAGUGAUCAGAGGAUGGACAAGUCUUGCACACGAUGCAGGGAUUACGUCGCACAUCAAUAUUGGGACCACAUGGAUAAUCGGAAAAAGCGUUUCUUUAAGCUUAUGCUUGGCAAUUUCAGGAAUGGAGUGACCAUACCAGAGAAGUUUGUGCGCAGUGUCGGGGGAAAGAUCUCUGAACUAGUCAAACUAGAAACUCCAGAUGGUAAUACAUAUAAUGUUCAUAUUGCCAAGGAACUGAAUAAUCUAGUCCUUCGAUCUGGAUGGUCAAAAUUUGCCAGAGUUUAUGAGCUUCAAGAGGGUGACCUUUUGAGGUUCAAAUACAAUGGGGACUCCCACUUCAAAGUUGAGAUCUAUGAUCCAAGUGCUUGCGAGAAAGAGACAUCCUGCGUUGUAAUGAACCACAAUCCAGGUCUCCAAAAACGGAGCGUUCCUCGUGAUAAUCCAAUGUUAUCACCGGAGGGUGAAAGGUUAGCAAAGCGUCACAAUGGUUGCUGCAGCGACAGUUGCAAAACUUCAAAGAUGAAUCCAGCAGGCACCCCACACAAACCAACUAAAAGGGAAGCCCCAUCUUCUGAAGAUGCCAGGAGUUCGGGUGAACUUCAGACUUCCACCAGGUCUCGCUAUUUCUUAGCAACAGGGUGCAACCUGACUGAUGCACAUAAGGUGGAAGUCAACAAAAUUGAGCAAAACAUCAGGCCUGAGAUUCCAUUAUAUGUCAAAACCAUGUCCAGUGCCAGUCUGGUUGAUGGAUUUCUGGUCAUAUGCAAAGAUUACGCUAUCAAACACCUUCCACGCAAAGACGAAUUCAUCACACUUUGCCAUGCCAGUCAUAGCAAGACAUGGGGUGCUCAUUACAGGAUCAACGCUGAUGAUACAUAUCAUCUUUCUACCGGCUGGUUGGGAUUUGUCGAUGACAACCAGUUGCAAAAAGGCGAUACUUGCGUGUUUGAAGUAUUAAAGAGGCAGAGAAGUUUCACAAUGGCAGUUCAUCUGCUUAAAGCAAGCUAUCAUCAUCCACCAGGAUUUCCCGCUUCUUCCAAGAGUCUUAGGCCUGAAGCCAAGAGUUUUAGGCCUGCAGAUAAAGUGAGGUUGUCACGAUUCACCACUCUGGAGGGUCUGCUGAAGACUAAAGUAUAUGAGAAAGUAGAAGCUAUUAAGCCUGAAAUCCCUGUUUUUGUGUCUAUCAUGAUGAAAACCAAUGUUAGCAGCAGAAGCCCCAGUUUGGCCUUCAGUCUGGAUUAUGCCAAAGAUUUUCUCCCUGGUGAGAACCAAAUUUUCAGGCUUCACCGGCCCGGGGAAAGCGCUCCAUGGAAAACUGAAUUCAAGAGCUUUGCUUCAAGGCGUUGGCUUGUUAGAGGCUGGGAGCAGUUUGUCAUUGACAACGAACUGGAACUAGACGAUGUCUGCCUCUUCGAGCGGAUUGAAAACAAGAAGAAGCUCAGGAUGAUGGUCCACAUCAUCCGAAAAGAAGAGUACUAUGAGAUGAUGGGUGAGAAAGGGUGCGAGAGCUGCAAGAAGUGGCAGGAGCACUACUACUGGGAGCACAUGGAUGUGAGCAAGACCAGGUUCUUCAAGCUCAUGACACAAGAUUCCCAGCAGCGCAUUCGCAUACCGGACAAGUUCGCGAGCAAUUUCAUCAGGCAGAUGCAGAGCCCACAGGGUUUUGACCUGAAAGCACCAAGCGGCGAAACGUGGCAUGUGGGUGUUAGCAAGGUUGGCAAUGACCUGUUCUUCAGCUCAGGAUGGGUAGAUUUUGCCAAGGCUCAUGAACUGCAGGAGAAUGACCUCCUGGUCUUCACAUUCAGUGGCAACUCUUUUGAGGUUCUGAUCUUCGACGCGAGCGGUUGCGAGAAACUGUCUUCUCUCUUCGCUGGCGCUGGUAUGCACAAACAUUUUGAUGGUAUGGUGGGUCAACAGGUUGAGCAAUACUCUCUUAGUGAUGAUUCUGAUUCUGAUGAUGAUGAUGACGACGACGAUGGUACAAGUGUGCCGUCUCAGUUGAUUGAGUCCCGUCAGAAUGUCUCCACUUUAAGGAAAUUCAGUAGCCGGAACAAACCAAGGAAAGAUCUUCUUCCUGGAUCACCAAACUGUAGCAGCUCAUGUGAUGUUAAGCAUGAGGAAACUGAGGAAGAGGAGAGUGAUGAUGACACAUAUGCUGACUUCGACUACUGCUACUCGAGGGUUGUGAAGCAACUACCCGACGAUGAAAAACAUGAAAUAAUCGGGCUGACUUCGCUGCAACGGGGCAAUCCAGCGUUCAUGACAGUUCUUCUGAGGGCCCACCUGCAACGCAAGGACAACUUUCUGGUCAUCCCCAGUGAAUUUGUACACGAACAUCUUCACAUGAGAUCACAUGAAGUGCUGCUGCUCAGGCCAAACAGAGAAGAGAGGUGGCAUGUCAGCUACUACCAGGGGAGCUCCAGCAAAGGCUUCAGGGGCCAACCCUGGGUCAAGUUCAUCCGCGACAACAAACUGCACAAGGGGGAUAUCUGCGUCUUCGAGCUGAUCAAAGGCGCGAGGAAUGAGAACAAGAAGGCCGGGACGACGAUGACCGUCCAUGUUGUCAGGAGGAAGAAGUCCGACGGUCGGUUUGCCUUAGUGGGCUAAGUUCCUGCAGCGUGUGCGACGUGUGCUGAAUGUUUUGGCGUGUAAUAUGCAGUGUAGAUAUGUGCAAGUGCCUAGUACUGAAACCUGAACUGGGAGUACUUAGCUGGUGUUAGCAGUGUGCUGAAUGUUUCUGAACCGGAGAGGAAAUCACCACUGAUCUUCAUCAACAAUGUCUAUCCGCUGACCCCCAUGAGAUGUGAGUAGUCCACCUCCAAGACUAAGGGUUCAUAGUAGAUCUU